AUGGGUAAUGACGGUGGAAGCAUUCCUGACCGGAGAGAUUUAGUCAAGACCAAGGCAAAGGCAGAACAGGUUGAUAAAGCUAGUCAGACCAAGGCCAGGUGGUUCUAUUGCGCUUUGUCCAAGGAACCUAUCGUCUCAUGCGCGCUGGGGAAGCUGUAUAACAAGGAUGCGGUUAUAGAGUAUCUAUUGGACAAAUCUUCAUAUGGAGACGGGGAGGAAAUCUGUGGUCACAUUCGUUCACUAAAGGACGUGAAACAACUAAAGCUCACACCCAACGCCGCACCCUCCACUUCAGACGACACCGACCGAGCCGCCUUCGUCUGUCCUCUCAAUCUGAAGGAAAUGAACGGCUCCCAGCCUUUUGUCUACAUCUCAACCUGCGGGUGCGCGUUCUCACAAGCUGGGCUCCGCACCGUCUCUGGUUCGCCCAAGGACAAGGAGAAAGAGAAGGAGAAGGAAAAGUCGAGUUCGGACAGCCCAGACGCCCCCACCGAGUCCACCCUCGACCUCUGCCCCCAAUGCGGAACAAAAUAUUCACGCAAAGACGAUAUAAUCCCUCUCAACCCCUCCCAAGACGAAGAACGCGAACUCCGGUUCGCAAUGGAGCGCCGCCGCGCACUCGAACCCGCAAAGAAGAAAUCCAAGAAACGGAAGCACGAUAAAGAGGGGAACGGGAACGGCGAGGAGCCGCCAGCAAAGAAGAAACAACAGGGCUCUGGGUCCAACACGCCUCAACCGACUAUCAACCCGUCUGUUGGCGCUGCGAGUCGCGCGGUGGUGGAGGGCUUAGCGGCGGAGGAGGCGAAGAGGAAGGCGAAUAUGAGUGAUGCUAUUAAGAGUUUGUAUGGGGAUGGCAAGCCGGCGAAGAAGGAGACGUUUAUGACUAUGGGCACGUUUACGAGGUAUGCAUAA